AUGGCCGCGCAAGGGCACCACGCAGCGCCCGCAGCCUGUCCCGCCUGCGCCAGAGCCGACCCGACUCGCCACUUCUUCUGCCACAACUGCAUCUCGUCCUGGUUCGUCCCUCUCGCGCCUGAGCCUCCCCGUGCACCAAAGCUGACUCUGCAGUCCCGCAACAGCCUUGCCGACCACAACUCCCGCCGACAACAGCUGCGCAACGCCCUCACCCUCGUCACCGCAAAGGCCAACGCCCUCCUCUCGGGAUCCGACCGCCCUCUCUCGUCGUCGCGCGCACCGCCACUUGGCGUCACCGACGAGCGCCUCCUCAAGGCCGACAAGUGGGUCCUCGCGAGCCGGGCCUAUGCGGCGCGAGAGGCCGUCGUCAAGGCCAAGCAGGCCAACGCGCAAGUCGAGACCGACCUCGCCACCCGUCGAGCAGCCCUCGCCGCCCGCCGCGCCAACCUGUCGACCGCACGGUCCCUCCAUUCGUCCCUCGCCUCCUCCUCGCCGUCGACCUCGUCCCUGUCCCUCCCCGACUCGCUCCCCGCCCUGGUCGUGCGCAUCGAGAAUCUUUCGGUCGCCCUCACGGCACUCGACAGCGAGAUGGCCCGUGUCAGGGGCAUCCUCAAGCGCGAGCUGCUCGCCGUGGUCGCCCUCGCGCCGCUCGAGCGCCCCCUCGCCGAUCCCUUCCUCUCCUUCCCUGCGCCGAAUCGCACCCUGUCCAGCACUUCCUCGACGGCAGACUCGCCCUCGUCCAGCACCGCAACCGCGACACCAACCCGCCGUCCGCCCUCGCAGUCCUACACCCUCUCGUCCCUCCCCCUCCCGCCGCUCUCCUUGCUCCUCUCGCUCCCGCCACCGACCCUCGAGGCCCUCCUGUCCCACCUCGCACACCUCGUGCGCCUCGUCGCGCUGUACGACCGCGAGGCGCUCCCCUUUGCGCCCGUCAUGGGCCUCUUUGGCCCGGGCCGGCCGGGCGUCAAGGCGGGACCAGGGCGGGGCGUUCCCGCCGGUCGAGGCGGCGAGGGCGAGUCGGUCGGCGGAGCAGGGUCGUCGGCGAGGAGGAAGAGCGGGCUCGGCACGGUCGUGUGGCCGCUCGUGUUCGGCUCGAGGCGCCGCAUCCGCAGCGUCGCGUCGUCGGUCCUCGGUGCGGCCGACGGCGCAGGCGACGGCAACGUCGAUGCAGACGCGGACGACGACGACGGCGACGACUACUACCACGACACGGCCAGCUCGCGCAGCUACGCCCGCUCGUCGGCGUCGUCCUCGACCGCGAGCGCCGCAGUGGCAGGAACGACGCGCUCGUCAAUCUCGCGGCGCAGCGCCAGACGCGCCAAACUCGUCCUCGGCGGCGCCGUCGCACUCGCGCUCGACUUUGCGUUCCUCGCGUGGGCGCGCGAGCGGCGCGCCGGUGCGGGCGCGAGCGGGCAGUGGCGGGUCGAUGACCUCGAUGACCUCGGGGCAUUGAUCCGCCGAUCGACCGGCGUGCUCGACGGCGAGGGGCAAGGCGAUGAGGGUUCGGGCCGGAGCGGCGAGCAGCGCGAGGAGGACGACACGCAGGUGUUCCCGCUGUCGAUGGCCGACGCGCUCGCGCACUUUACCGCGCUCGCGCUCGGGCCGUCGUCGGCGUCGACGCCGUCGUCGAGGGCGGGCAGGAGCCGGGCGGCGCUCGAGGAGAGCGGCGUCGUGGUCGAAGGCGAGCCUGAACUCGACGGCGAGGACGACGAGGACGAGGAGUGGGACCUGGUCAGCGUGUAG